AUGCCAACAGACAGAACUGUGCACUACCACGGCUGUUACAAGAAGCCACAGAACUCUACCGCUGACUUCCUGAUCCAGACCUCUGGCCAGACACACACACCUCAGCAGUGUAUCGAGACCUGUACAGAUCAGGACCUGCCAUUGGCCCUUUUGAGAGGGCAGGACUGUUUCUGCAGCCAUGUCCCAUUUCUCUUCACAAUCCAGAUGAGUGAACAGGAAUACAUGUGUGAGAGGAGCAACCAAACAAACCACACCUCUCCUUAUGACCUUGACUACUACUGGGUGUACAGUACUCCUGUGCUAGAUACAACGUGCAAAGAAAGGAGAUUUCUGCCCCAGAAGUCCAGCACUCUUGUAGCCCUGUCCAGCUUUCCAGGGGCAGGAAACACCUGGUUACGUCACCUGAUUGAACUCGCCACUGGAUUCUACACCGGCAGCUAUUACUUUGAUGGAUCUCUGUACAACAAAGGUUUUAAAGGAGAGAAGGAUUACUGGCAGAGCGGGAGAGUCAUCUGCGUCAAGACUCAUGAAAGCGGCCAGCGUGAGAUCGAAAUGUUCGACUCGGCCAUCCUGCUGAUGCGAAACCCCUAUCGUUCUCUAAUGGCAGAGUUCAACCGCAAGUGUGCCGGACACCUGGGCUACGCGUCAGAUGUUCACUGGAGGAGCAAAGAGUGGUCAGAGUUUGUGGACAGCUAUUCAUCCUGGUGGGUGUCUCACGCUCUGGCCUGGUUGCGGUUUGCCCACCGCCUGCUGGUGGUACACUUUGAAAAUCUACAAGAAGAUCUAGCCCCUCAGUUAAAGACCAUCACCGCUUUCCUGAACACCAGCAUUCCUGAGGAAAGACUUCUGUGCACAAAGAGCAACAGAGACGGCCAUUUUAAACGCUCUGGAUCACGUAGCCUGACCUUUGACCCCUUCACUCCCGAAAUGAGAGCUCGUAUAGAUGAAUACAUCCGGACAGUAGACAGUGCUCUCAGAGACAGAAACCUUGACGGCCUACCACACAAGUACAUGCCCAGGUGAGGAUUCGUAAACGCAGAUGCUGCCCUCUGCUGGAGGGAGGACACAGAAACACAAAGUGCCUGAGUAAAAACACAACUGCUGUCUGUCUGUUGUUUUAUUUGUGCUUUAUGUUUGUGGUUGUGCUGUCACCAGUUUGAUAGCAUUGUGGAGACUUUGUCUAGUUCAUAUGUUUUAUCAUUAAAC